UUCUUCAAUGGACUGAAGCCCAACCAUAAUGACUUACUAUAAACUAUUAUACACCCUAGAAAGAUCGUAUAUAAGCAUCACUUCGUCCCUCAGGCGUAUCUCCAAUCGACUAUUCGCCCUUCUUCCAGUGCCAGGCAGGUUAAAGUUUUGAGAAUAACAUCUACCCGGAAGAAAUGUCUGGAGAGGAAGUUGCAGUUGCAGUUCCAGAGGCUGCUGCCCCAGCGGCUCUUGGGGAACCAAUGGACCUAAUGACUGCAUUGCAAUUGGUACUAAAGAAGUCUAGAGCCCAUGGUGGUCUUCUUCGUGGGGUCCGCCAAUGCUCCAAGGCAAUUGGGAAGAACAAAGCACAGCUUUGUGUCUUAGCUGAUGAUUGUGACCAACCUGAUUAUGUCAAAUUGGUGAAAGCACUCUGUGCUGAAAACAAUGUGAAAUUGAUUUCUGUGCCCACUGCUAAAACUCUUGGGGAGUGGUCUGGCUUAUGCAAGAUAGAUUCCGAAGGAAAAGCAAGGAAGGUGGUUGGAUCCUCGUGUGUUGUUGUGGAGGAUUAUGGUGAAGACCAUGAGGGCUUCCACAUAAUUAAGAACUUGGAGAAGACUCUUUAGAUUAUAAAGCACAUGUUUUUGGAGUUUGAAAAAUGAAAUGUUGGGAGCGAUUGUUUUAAAGAACUACUGUCGUUAUAUUGUUUAUGUAGUUUUGCAUUAGAUUAAGGCGGAGAAACUGAUGCUUUUCAAUUGGACGUAUCCAUAUAUCAUUAUCAUGUUUGGUUUUGUUAACUUUUUGACUUGCUUAACCCUGGCUUCUUUUCAUUUGAACGUAUACGUAUUACCGAUU